UAGUAUACAUAUUUCGCCCACUGCUCGUUUCCUGCACAUAUGCUUAUCCUCCCCCCAUCAAACUAUAUUUCAUCAUUGUAACAGUUGCACACACACACGCAUAUUACAAUAUGUUCGAAAUAUUAUAAUGGCAUAUGAUGGGUUGUAUUGGGGGUGAGGAGUGUGUUAGUGUUGGAGGUGGUGGUUGUGUACGAAGGGUGCCGUGUGAGGCAUGGCAGCGCGUGCAGUCUGUGACACCAGCCACCGACUCCCUCAUCUUGCUCCCACCACACCCACCUGAGGACCCGCCAUGCUCAAAAUGCGUCGUCGUUUGAACAGUAGAGCAUUUGAUCCAUUUGAUGAAUGGCUUGAAUCACAGGGCUUAUAUCGUAAACAAGUUGCACGUGAUGGAUCCUGUCUUUUUCGUGCUGUUGCAGAACAGGUAUUGAUGACUCAAACCGAGCACGUUAAAGUGCGGGCUCUCUGCCUGGAGUAUAUGAUGCUGUACAAGGAUGACUUUCAACCAUUUCUGGACAUCCCUCUAGAUCAUCACGUCUUCAAAUUACAAGAUGUAAGAGAAUGGGGAGGACAUACUGAAAUCAUAGCUAUGUCUCGACUUUUUCAGGUGGAUUUCCUUAUUUAUCAAGAAAUUGGACAAAUGCCAGUCAAAGCCACUGAAAAUAGCUACCCUAAGACCUUGAUGCUAAGUUACACUCAUGGAAAUCAUUAUGAUAUCGUCUACCAAAAAGAUGCUGCCACCACACGAGGAUUUUGUCAAUCUGUGGUGUAUGACAUUCUUUAUUCACAUGUGUUUCAAUUGAAGGAUGUUUUAGUUGCUGUUGACACAAUGCUCCAUGAUAAGGAAUAUGCAUCAUUGAGAAGAGAUUCUGCUAAUUCAGCUGAACUUAAAGAGAUUGGAGCAUUAGUUGAAAAAAUUAUGGGGACCAGUAUCUCCCGAGAUAAUAGUCAAGAUGAAGCAGAUAAAAACACAAGCAUAGACGAGCGGCCGAGUUUAGAAGAAAUCCAUCCUGAUGAUGUCCGUGGUUUGCUAGCUCGAGGAAUACCACCAUUUCCCUAUAAAGUAGCAAAAUCUUUGGAUCCUGACAUAUACAGAAAUAUUGAAUUUGAUGCAUGGAACACUGUAAGGAGAGAAGCACGGUAUGGUCCUUUUGAUAGCAAUGGUUUUCAAGCUGGUGUGAAAGUUUUCAUCAAACUUGAAUUACUGCCAAAUCGGCAAGAAGUUGAAGAAAUGAGAAGAACUCGUAUGGCCAGGCAAGUUAGUGGUGAAAAUCACGACGGAAGAAAUCCAGAAGAAAGGGUUGAUGUUUAUCAUGGACAUAUCCAGGAAAUGUCUGAAAAUAAAGGUCCAGUAGAUGUUUAUGUAGAAGAAAUUGGCAGCAGGUUAAAGGUGCCUUACGACUCUCUUGAAAAAGUGCCUCCUUCUCCUCCUCGGUCUCCAUGGCAUAGUUCACAGCAACACCUACAGGCAGGGACAGGCUCAGGAGGAAGCUCUAUAGGGGCAAACAUUCCCAGCUACAAGAAACUCUCAGGGUUUUAUCAAAAGGCACCACUUCCUGCUGAGCCUGAAUACUCUACGGCAAGAAGUAAGAAGAAGGGUGGAAAGCAGAUGCGUGAGGUAUUAACAUUAGUCCCUGUACCUGCUCCUUUACGAUACUGUGGCCCUUCAAACACUACAGCAAUGAGAGGACGAGCUGCUGGCAGCCCGACGCCUCAUGGCCACUCGCCCCGCUCAAGAACACCCCAGGGGUCUUACCCACAACAAAGUUUUUCGGCAAAAAAUUAUUGCCAUAGAGGGAUGGGAUUAAGUAAUAACAGCAACUAUUCCAGCAGCCCUGCAAGAGAUGGGUUCCCAUCGUUGACUAAUCGUGGCAAUGUAGAUCUGGGGGUUGAGGGUGUGUGGGCAGUGAGACCCAGUGCCACUCAGUCCAGUCUACCCUCAGCUUCAAAUGUUGUGAAUGACCCUGUGCCAUGUUCCCUAAGAGGUGGGGCAUAUUGUCCCCCUACUCCUCAGCCAUCAUCUGUGGUUGAUGAGACUGAUCAGCAGAUGCGGGAGGUGACAUUGGAAGCACUUCAGCAGGUGAUGAGUGCAGGCGGUCAGCAGGAGGUACGAGUUAUCGGCCAGCAGUUGGAGGUGGUCAAUGCAGAAAAGCGGGCAGAUAUUCAAGAAAGCUCAAUAGUUGAAGGUGUUCCUCAUCAAGAUACACAUGCUUCGACAUCCCAGAUAGAUGAGAUGGUCACUGAUAGUGUUGGUUUAAACAGAGGACAUAAUCCAAGACAAUCAGUUGAAACAAGUCAGAAUCCUUCAUCAGAAAUGGAUAAAAACCAUCAAGUAGCACCUUGCCUUCCAUCUUCUGUGCAGGCAAAUAAUGAUGAGUUAGCUCAAGCAACUGUGUUUCAGCCAGAUUUAAAUAUCACUUAUAUAUCUCCAACUGCAAGCAUUACAGCACCACAGAUGGGAAGCUCUUCCUCUUCACAAAAUGCUGCCAUGUACACACUGAGCUACCCUCCACCUUUCUCCAGUCCAGGCCUUGUACAGGUAUUCAGUCCAGUGCCACCAACUGAUGAGAGUGACACCCCUACAGAGUUCACUCCACCACCCACUUCUGCUGUACCUACAAGAGCUGACAGUUGGGACCUAAAUGCACAAGGAACAGAACCUGACGCAACAAAGAUGAAUCAAGGAUUGACUCCAUUUGUGGUUUAUCAUAUGCCAGUAAUGUAUGGUGGUUAUGGAUAUGGGUACAAUCAGCAAUGGGCAUAUUCGUAUCCAGUGAUGCCCUCACCUGCUGUAGAGGAUGGCAAGCACACACCUCUUCCUGGUAGUGAAGGAUAUCACCAAAUAGUAGCUGUUGGAGGUUGGGGUCAAGGCUAUGCGGGGGACUAUGGACCUGUGCUGUCCAUGCCUGGCCCACCUCACCAGAACUACCCACCUAUUGUACGUGAACCUAGUCCUCUACCAUAUCCUCCUCCACCUUAUCAGGAUGGACGUGAGGGGAACAGAGAGGGAGGUCCCUUCCAUCACCACCACUACAGAGGACGAGGCAGGGGAGGGCCUCACCAUUAUAACCAUGUCCCACGAGGCAGUCAUCACAACAACCACCAAUACUCAAAUAAUUAUCAAGGCAACAGUUUUCAAGAUCCAUUAACAAUGGGGGGAUCAGUUGGAGGCAUGGGUCGUGGGGGAGGAGGUCAGCGUUCAUUACCUCCAAGAUUCCAGAGAGGUGUCAGUUCUCCACGCCACACACCACCUCACCUCCACCAAAGAAACCAUCAGUAUGAAGGACAACCCCUCAUGCACAUGGGCUCCAGGAAGUCCAGCUCUGAUAGUUUGGCUUCCCAGAUCGUUUCAGGUGAUAGUGUAGGCUCAGGUGGGGUAGCUUCCCCUCCUUUGGUCACUUUUGUGGACUCUGACCCACCUCAUGGAGUAAUGCCUCUUCCUCUACAGGACACUUCACUUAUGCCUUCACAAGACCAUAUGUCAAUGGCAGCAUCCCCAGGAUACUUCACUGCCCCUCCUGGUUAUGUUGUGAGUGGACCCUGGAUAUGGAAGGUGUAAAGAAGUCCCUGGCAUCGCAAGAGGUCACAUCAGUCAUGUUGUUAUUCUAUGCUUGGAUACUAUCUCAUCCAUUUUGGUAUGUGAUAGAUCCUCACAAAUUUUAUGAUCAGCUAUUUUGUCUAUGUACUUUUGUACUAUAAAAAUUCUUAACAGUAUCAUGUAUUUUACCACGAUAUUGUUUGAGUAGGUUAUAACUUCAAUCUAGUUUUACGAAAAAUUAAUCAAAUUAAUGGCUGUUUUGUUAUUUUUUAAUUGCAGCCAUUGAUCGUUACUGUCCAUUUUGAUAGCAAGGAAAAGAACUGUAAAUUUGUAAAGGGUACAUGAUAUGAAUGAGUAAUUUUUGUACUAUCAUUAACUAUUCAGCAAUUAAUGUUUGAUUUAUAUUGUUAAUACAAUGUGUUCGUCUUGUAUCUCUAAGUUGGCAGUCGUUGGCUGCCAGUAUAUGAAACAAGUCAGUUUUUGAUGGUUGUCAUUUCUUUUAUUGUAUAUGUACAUAUGAAUAUACAUAAAAAGAAAAAUACUUAGUUCCUUCAUUUUUUUUGUGAAGCUGUGCUUUAUUAAUUUUAAAGAAUUAUUGUUUUUGUUUAUUGUAUGAUUGUUUUAUUAAUUUUAAUAUAUUUGUAUUUAGUUACAAUUAGUACCUGUUCAAUUUAAUUAUACCAUAACAUAUGUGGUAUGUUUCAAGAAUUAUAAAAGUGCCUUAAUGGUACCCGUCCUACAAGUUUUCAUUCCACUAAUGUUGUUUAGUGAUAAAAUCUAGAUUCCUCAUCCCAGAGCACAAGACUUUGUUCAGUUGUCUAGUCGCAUAAAACAAGAAAGCUCUUUGAUUUAUUUUUGUAAAGAUUUUGUAAUUAUUGUCAUGUUCCAUAAAGAAUAUGAGUAUGUCUUAAA